CUGGAAAGCAAAGCAGCCCCUGGAUGCCACCUUGCAGAACAGCGGCGGGAACUGAGGUGGGACAAAGAGAAAUGGAGAGACAUGGGGAUAACAGAGGGAAAGACAGACACCUGCAGACCUGCUUCACUGCUUGUGAAACGACUCCCCUGCAGGACCUACCUGAAGGGAGUCUUAACAAUCCUGGUGUCACCCACUUGAGGGACGGCUACCAGGGGUGGCUAAGAACCUACCUUUGGGUCCUGCAAGCAUGGUGAAGUGUUCUCCACCCAUCAAAUGCACUUUUCAUAAAUGACCCCCUGCCCACGUCACUUUGCUCUCAGAGCUGAGAGAAGGAUGCUCUCCACCAUGAAAGUCCCCAAUAGUGAAGGCCGGAAUAAGAGCCUCAGAGAAGGCAGAAUGACUCAGUUGAGAGGCUGGCUGAGGGAUCAGUCUGCAAGCUUCUGUUGUUGCUGCCGCAGAAGUCCUAGGAGAUCUCUGUCAGGAUACCUGGAGGAGGUGUCUAGCCUCAACUCUGAGACUCUGUCAGAGGGAAAAUGGCCACAGGCAAAGAUGUUCUGCGAGCAGCCGAGGUCCAGGUCUAGUCUGCUGUCCCUGGACACAACUUCAGCAAGCUCUCUGGACGGCCGUGGAGGGACUCCUGCCCAGUCAGCAGAGAGUGGCCUCCCACAGGGCUGCGUGGAGCUUCUGGUGGGGGUGAUCCCUCUGUACAGUGACAUUGUACUCCAUGCGCCCCCCCGGAACCUGGGUGUCCUGGGUACACAGCCUGCAGGUCCAGGGGACAAUGAGAAGGUGCCAUCAGCCCCCUAUUGCCAGCAGGCCCAGGAGCCAGAAUCUUCUGCAAGCGUGGAGCCCUCAGCAACCCUGGAGACAGGGCCCUCAGCCAAGACUGCGGGGACCCCCGAGCCGCAGCCCACACAGGCCCCUCUGGCUCCGAGCUGGGUGCUCAGAGCUACACUCUCAGAAUCAGCUGUGGAGAAGGCCCUGGGCCCUGCUCCCACCCCCGACCUGGCCCUGCCCUCCCUGGGGGACACCUGCAUUGCUUUCCUCAUCUACUGCAUGUUCAUGAGCCCUUUCCUUUAUGGUUUUAUUUCCCUGUUUUUAACUUAAUUCAAAUAAAGUGUUUUUGUGU